AGCUUGGUGCGCUCAAGCCGCGGCGGCCGGGGCAAGUGGACGCGGCCCGGGGAGGGGGCGUUGCCCGGAGGGGCCACCUUGGAGGCCGGAAGUUGGAGCUGCAGCCGCUUUCGUCCUGGGCCUGUGCCCGGGCCGGGCUCCGUGAGGAAUGGCCGUAGGAAAGGAUUGCAGCGAGCAGUGUCUUGUUUCGGGGUGCCUCCUGCAGCCAGGGCAGUGGGCAGGGGGAAAUGGCCACAGAGUUGCUUCCACCCCAGGCUCAGGAGUCCGUGACGUUCGGGGACGUGGCCGUGCUCUUCAGCCGGGACGAGUGGCUGUGCCUGGACUCUGCACAGAGAACCUUGUACCGGGAGGUGAUGCUGGAGAACUACCACAGCCUGGUGUCCCUGGGGAUUCUGUUUUCCAAACCAAAGGUUAUCUUCCAGUUACAGCAAGGGGAAGACCCCUGGAUGGUGGGAAACGGACUUUCCUACGGUGCACGUCUAGGGUGGGGGAGCUUGUUUGAAACCACAUUUUCCAAAGAAGACUAUCAGGAAGUAAUGAGUAAACUCAUAGGUGAUGGUACUUUUAACUUCAAGUUGGAGAAAAUCUACAUAAAUGAGGACAAGGUGGAGAAGCAGCAAGGCAAAAAGAACAAACCUUUCAGGAAAGUCUCAAUUACCAUAAAAAAAUCCUACACAAAGGAGAGGAACCUCAUAGGUAUUGAACUUGAGAAAAAUCUUGGUCUAAUAUCAUCAGUUAUUAGGAAACCCAGAAUUGUUUCCAGAGGAAGGAAACCCCAUUCACAGCAGUAUUCAAUUCUAUUUAAACAACUGGGAGUCAAUACAGUGCGAAAAUGUUACAAGUGUAACAUAUGUGGGAAAAUCUUCCUCCACAGUUCUUCCCUGAGUAAACAUCAGAGAAUCCACACUGGAGAGAAGCUCUAUAAAUGUAAGGAAUGUAGGAAAGCCUUCAGCCAAAGCUCAUCCCUGACUCAGCACCUGAGAGUUCACACUGGAGAGAAACCUUACAUAUGCAGUGACUGUGGAAAAGCGUUCAGUUUCACUACAUCUCUCAUUGGACAUCAGAGGAUGCACACUGGAGAGAGACCCUAUAAAUGUAACGAGUGUGGGAAAACAUUUAAAGGUAGCUCAUCCCUUAAUAAUCACCAGCGAAUUCACACAGGGGAAAAACCCUAUAAGUGUAAUGAAUGUGGGAGAGCCUUUAGCCAGUGCUCAUCUCUUAUUCAGCAUCAUAGAAUUCAUACUGGAGAGAAACCAUAUGAAUGUAGUCAGUGUGGGAAAGCCUUUACUUCAAUAUCACGGCUAAGUAGGCACCAUAGAAUUCAUACUGGAGAGAAACCCUUUAAUUGUAAUGAGUGUGGGAAAGUAUUCAGUUACCACUCAGCUCUCAUUAUACAUCAGAGAAUUCACACAGGUGAGAAACCUUAUUCGUGUAAAGAAUGUGGGAAAGCCUUCAGCCAAAGCUCGGCUCUCAUACAACAUCAAAGAAUUCAUACUGGAGAAAAACCCUACAAAUGUAAUGAGUGUGGAAAAGCUUUCUCCUGGAUUUCACGGCUUAAUAUACACAAUAGAAUUCAUACUGGAGAGAAACCAUAUAAUUGUAAAGAAUGUGGAAAAGCCUUCAGUUCCCACUCAGCAGUUAAUACUCAUCGAAAAAUUCACACUGGAGAGAAACCGUAUAAAUGUAAUGAUUGUGAAAAGGCCUUCAACCAAAGCUCAGCUCUAAUUCAGCACCAGAGAAUUCACACUGGGGAGAAACCAUUUAACUGUAAAGUGUGUGGGAAAGCCUUUAGACAAAGUUCAUCCCUUAUGACACACAUGAGAAUUCAUACAGGAGAAAAACCUUAUAAAUGUAAAGAAUGUGGGAAAGCUUUUAGUCAGAGCUCUUCCCUUACUAAUCACCAGAGGACUCAUACUGGAGGAAAACUGUAAGUAAAACUCAUGUGGAAAAUGUUUCAACUGAAGUUCAUUCCAUACUGAAUAUCAAAGAAUUCAUCCUGGGGAGAAAGUGAUAAAAAGUACUUAAUUAUGGGUUAAACUUCAGAAUAUAGACCUAAUCAGACAUCAGAGACUACAUGAUGCAGGAUAACCUUAGGAAUAUUAGGAAAGUGUCUAAAAAUGAUUUUUGUGUGUGUUCUUAAGUUAUUAUUGACUAUAAAAUAGAGAAUUUGUAAAUCAAAGGGUCAGUAUUUUUUUUUUUCUUUCUGCUAAUAUGUGGCAACUGCCACCAGCUUUCACAAGCAUUGCUGGGAAGCACAGUGACCUGUAAAAGUGCAGUCAUAAAAUCUAAAUUGUGGAGUAAUCUGGAAACCUAUUUUUUGAAAUUAUAUUUAAGUGUAUGCAAGCCAGUUGUAUUAAGAAGAAUGUUUUGGAGGACAAAUGUAAGCAGGUGACCUUUAGCUACCUCACCUUUCACUAAACUUGCUUUUUUAUUUAAAAGCAACUUCUGUACUUGGUGGUUGUUAAAAUUUUUGGGUUGUUUCUCCCCUGUUUCCUAAGCCAUCCACUUGAAAAGAAAAUUGUGCAGAUAUAUAGUCUUGUGAGUUGACUCCCUGACUACUUGUUUCAAACU